AGGCUGCCACAUCACAACGCACAGAGCGCACAAUGCCUUCCGUGGUCGUCCUUCUCAGUGUUCUGGCGACAUGCUUUGCUGCGCCACGGAUAUGUGAACCUGGAGACGAGGCUUUAGGAAGAUGCCGAGCUCCAGACGAAGAAAAAGUCACCUGCACAGACAUGUCUUUGGCCUACUGCCAGGACAUGCCCUACAGCCACAUCACCUUCCCCAACAUCCUGGGCCACCGUAGCCGCGUGGAUGCCGAGCAAGGUGCCGAGUACCUGCUGCUGAGCGUGCUGCACGGCCUGCUCAACGGCGAGUGCUCCGAGGAGCUGCGGCUACUAGGCUGCUCCGUGCUGGCCCCGCAGUGCCGCUCCGGGCGCGCGCUCAAACCCUGCCGCAGCUCCUGCGAGGCUGUGCGUCGUGGCUGCUCCCACGCCUUCGAGGGCAUCGACAUGGCCUGGCCAUACUUCCUGGACUGUGACCGCUUCUUCGUCAGUGGCCAGGAGGGCUGCUACGACCCGCUGUCCGAGUUUAAAGCAAGGCAAGAGUUUGCCUUUGCCAACUUUACUGACGAGCCUUCCACCAUCAUCCAGUUUACCUAUCACACCAACGCCCAGAUGUGGAACACCCUGAAGAAGACUGCCGCUAAAUGUUCCCACAUCUCCCGCACGUACAGCAUUGGGCGCAGUGUUGAGGGCAAAGACCUGCUGGUCAUCGAGUUCUCCAGUAAUCCAGGACAACAUGAGCUAUUGGUGCCAGAGAUGAAGUACGUGGGUAACAUGCAUGGCAACGAGGUGCUGGGGCGGCAGCUUCUCAUCUACCUGUCGGAGUACCUGUGCUCGGAGUACCUGCUCGGGAAUGAGCGCAUCCAGACGCUCAUCAACACCACCCGCAUCCACAUCCUCCCCUCCAUGAACCCUGACGGCUAUGAAUUGGCCGCAGCUGAGGUAGCCGAUCGCAACGACCCUGAAUUCAACCAGGAAGGCCACAUCUUUAACGGAUGGACCAGUGGCCGUCGCAACGCUCAGAACAUCGACCUGAACCGCAACUUCCCUGCCCUCACCCACAUUGCGUAUAGCCGCCGCCGCUUCAGGCGCUUUAGAGUGGACCACAUCCCCAUCCCCGACUCCUACUGGUUUGGCAAGGUGGCUCCAGAGACCUACGCGGUGAUGAAAUGGAUCCGUUCUAUUCCUUUCGUCCUCUCGGCCAGCUUGCACGGUGGGGAGCUGGUGGUGUCCUACCCCUUUGACUUCUCCAGACACCCCCAGGAGGAGAAGCUGCACUCUCCCACGCCCGACGAACAGGUGUUCAAGCAGUUGGCCAGGAUUUAUGCUGACGCCCAUGCUGAGAUGGCCAACAACGAUACGAACAGAUGUGGCGCAUCGUUUAUCAAUAGAAGGGGCAUCAUUAACGGGGCCCAGUGGUAUAGCUUCGCAGGAGGUAUGGCUGACUUUAACUACCUGCACAGUAACUGUUUCGAGGUCACCGUGGAGCUGGGCUGUGACAAGUUUCCGUCAGAGGCGGAGCUCUACCCGGAGUGGAGACGAAAUAAAGAGUCCCUCCUCAGCUUCAUGGAAGCCGUCCACAGAGGAAUCAAGGGUGUAGUGAGGGAUGAGCAUGGCAAUGGAAUUAAAGGUGCAAUCAUAUCAGUGAAGGGAAUACGCCACGACAUCACAACAGCGGAGGACGGGGAUUACUGGCGUCUGCUCACUCCUGGCCAGCACAUCCUGACCGUCACGGCAUCCGGCUACUCAAAAGCGGUGAAGCGCAUCAACCUGCCGCGGAUCAUGGCCCGGGCCGGUCGCGUGGACUUUGUCCUGAAGAGGGUCCCGUACAAGCCGGAGAUGGACGACCUCUACAUCCCGGGCAUGGAGACGUAUGAGCGCUUCGACCCCUACAACCAGUUUGAGAGCUACACGCAGCGUGAGCUGGGAGAGAACGGCGAGGAGAGGCAGGAGAAGCCCUGGUGGUGGGCCUACUUCACCCAGUCGGGGAACGCAGCUCCCACCUGGCUCCUCAGGAACUGAAGGCAGCCCACACAGGCAGCCAGUGAGUGCCCAGGCCACACGCCGCUACCUGAACCCCAUCAUCGCAGCAAGUCCCCAGGGGUAGAAAAGGAGCACUCUGAGAAUGACUGUCCAACGAGAGCUGCGUUUCCAACUUUGGACACUACACAAGUGGAUAUGCCCCUGUUUCACUGAUCAGGUGGCCCUGUGCUCGCUAAGUACUCGGGAGUAAAUACCUUAUUUAAGGAUAGAAGGGCUAACUGGCAGUAAUGUUGUUUGUCCUCUGUCUCUCUUCCUCUCCCCCACUGGCCAAAGAAAAGCAAUUGUGGAAAGCAAUUGUUGUGUAGUUCAGGGUAGUUCAUGGUACUCUAGGAGCAGGAUAUUUAACACUAUCUGUUGCUGCACUAUUGAAGGACAACAAGACAGAUGAAUAGAUAAAGAAUGGUAAAAGAGCUAAUGACACUUUUUCCACACGCCAAACUGCAUGUUUUCCACUGAAAUAUUCAAACUUUUGUCAUUUCUGGUUAUUUUCACUGCUCUCAUUGACUCACAGAUUAUAGCAAUAUUGCCUUGUGAUUAUAUUGUGAAUUUAUCAGUUUGAGGUUUUGAGCAGUACUCGAUUUUUAUUAAAACAUAUUAAAAACC